AUGGCAGCCGCCCUCUCAGAUACUAGAGGAAUCGGGUACAAGCAAGACUUGCCCUGGUACAUUCCAGCUGAUACUAAAUGGCUUAAUCAUGUGACUACAAAGAAAUACGUCGACACCCCAUUGAAUCGAGUCGAUGAUCAAGACUGGCACAAUGUUGUGAUUAUGGGACGUCUGUCUUGGGAAUCGAUUCCUAUGCGAGGAAUUCCAAUGGAAGACAGAUUUAAUAUUGUUGUUUCACGUAAUCCAGAUUACAACAUAUAUGCUGUAGACAAGUUUCGCAAUGUUUCCCUGUCAAACAGUAUUUCCCAAGCUCUCUCAGACGGGAUUGAAGAAAGCCAAAAGACGGGUGGGCGUAUCUUUGUCCUAGGCGGCGAAAAAGUCUACGAGGAAGCCAUGGUCUUGCCUCAGUCCACACACAUAUUGUUGACACUUAUUUACACCAAAGAACCCAUCGAGUGCGAUACCUUUAUGCCACAGAUAGAUCUCAGAAUAUUUCGUCUUGCAAGCCAUGAAGAAUUAGAAGCAUUCAUACAAGAAAUUGUUCCAGAGGGAAUACAGAGCCAUGAAAAUCUCGAUUAUGAAUUUCUUCUUUAUGUACGU